GCAGGACUUCCGGUAGCAGACCGUAACUGGCUGCCGAGCCGUGAGUCUGUUCUCCUUUGCCGCAUCCCGGGAUGUCACAGCUGGGAUGCCGGGGCCGCUUGUGGCUGCAGAGCCCCGCCGGGGGACCGCCCCCUAUAUUUCUGCCGUCAGAUGGCCAAGCCCUGGUCCUAGGUCGGGGACCCCUGACCCAGGUGACGGACCGGAAGUGCUCCCGAAAUCAAGUGGAGCUGAUUGCAGACCCUGAGACCCGGACAGUGGCAGUGAAACAGCUGGGCAUUAACCCAUCAACUGUUGGGAUCCAGGAGUUGAAGCCAGGGUUGUCAGCUUCUCUACGCUUGGGGGACACCCUGUAUCUAGUCAAUGGCCUACACCCCCUAACCCUGCAUUGGGAAGAAGUUAGCACAUCAGGAUCCCAGCCAGAUACUCCACCGGGCACUCCCCCUGUGGAUUCGGUGGACCCGGAGGUUGCUGAGCCUCCAGAAAAGAGGGUGCGGAAAUCAUCCCCUGGCUGGGAGAGCUUAAAGAAGUUACUGGUGUUCACAGCAUCUGGGGUAAAGCCCCGGGGCAAGGUGGCUGCCUUUGACCUAGAUGGGACUCUCAUCACCACCCGCUCUGGAAAGGUCUUCCCCACCAGCCCCAGUGACUGGAGGAUUCUGUAUCCGGAGAUUCCAAAGAAGCUCCAGGAGCUGGAUACUGAGGGUUACAAGCUGGUAAUCUUCACCAACCAAAUGGGCAUUGGGCGAGGGAAGCUGCCAGCAGAGGUGUUCAAGGCCAAGGUGGAGGCUGUAUUGGAGAAGCUGGGGGUCCCAUUUCAGGUGCUGGUGGCAACACAUGCAGGGCUAAACCGGAAGCCAGUGAGUGGCAUGUGGGACCAUCUGCAGGAGCAGGCCAACGAGGGCAUGCCCAUUUCCAUCAGUGACAGCAUCUUCGUGGGAGAUGCAGCAGGGCGCCCGGCCAACUGGGCCCCAGGGAGAAAGAAGAAAGACUUCUCUUGCGCAGACCGGCUGUUCGCCCUCAACAUCGGCCUGCGCUUUGCCACUCCAGAGGAGUUCUUCCUUAAGUGGACAGCAGCUGGAUUUGAGCUUCCAACUUUUGACCCGAGGACAGUCUCCAGCGCUGGGCCCCUCUACAUCCCAGAGUCCAGCAUCCUCCUCAGCCCCAACCCAGAGGUGGUGGUCACAGUAGGAUUCCCUGGGGCUGGCAAGUCCACCUUCGUCCAGGAACACCUGUUGCCGGCUGGAUACGUCCACAUAAACAGGGACACGCUGGGGUCAUGGCAGCGUUGUGUGAGCUCAUGCCAGGCAGCACUGAGGCAGGGGAAGCAAGUUGUGAUUGACAACACCAAUCCAGAUGUCCCAAGUAGGGCCAGGUACAUCCAGUGUGCCAGAGAUGCAGGUGUGCCCUGUCGCUGCUUCAACUUCUGUGCUACGCUGGAGCAGGCUCGCCACAACAACAGGUUCCGCGAGAUGACCGACCCCUCGCAUGCACCGGUGUCAGACAUGGUCAUGUUCAGUUACAGGAAGCAGUUUGAGCCACCCACACUGGCCGAGGGCUUCCUGGAGAUCCUUCAGAUCCCAUUCCGACUACGGACACAUCUGGACCCAGCACUGCAGCGGCUGUACUGCCAAUUCUUGGAGGGCUGAGCCCACAAUAAACAAUGUUGCUACUCUG